GUUACUUAAGCAGAUUAAAGCAUAAUUUAAUAACUAAUGUAUAUUAGCAUGCUUGAGAUCUUGUAUUUCUGUAUUCUUGUUUUUCAUAUAAUGCAAGGAUGCUAAAAUGCAGAUGAUUAGCUCUAGAAGUGGAAGAAAUUAAGGAUAUAAGAUAUGGUUUCACAGUAUUUAGAGACUGCAGAUUUGACGAUGAAGGAUACUCGCACAAUAUCACAUUGCUUCUUAUUUCUAUACAUAUUUCUCAUUAUUUCCAAGAUCACAUUACACAUUUUUGUCUCUAAAUAAUAACACUUUUACAACAAGCAAUUGGGAAGUUUUUACACAAUGAGCAGAAAAUUUCUAACAGCAUAAUGUCUGAUUUGUAAACUCAUCAUUAUUCAAUAAUAGAGGCAACUUGAUGGCAUAAGAUUAUAGAUUAUGUAAUUGUUAAGACACCAAUUCCAAGACAGAAAUAAAUACAGCUGCAAGGCUGUAAUAUUGGUCGGUUGCGACACGCUUCAUUAUCGUGCGACAAGCGUCACGGCGCAAUGUCACUUCCCGAUUUAUUUUCGCGCAUUAAUCUCACGCGUUCAAGUCGAGCCGUUGCGUUACGCUUCCGAUUAUUAAUGUAUACUUUUGUGCAAGCGGAUUUGUGCUUUACGAGUGCAACACGAUGAGUAUACAGCAAUUAUGCAUAAAAUAACGUCGGAAAUAUAUACGGAAAACGAUGACAUUUCUGAGAAGCUUGACGAUGGCAAUGCUGUGACCAAGUUCGCUUUUAAGUGCCCGUCUUACAUGAUCGACUCGCAAACCGAAGCACUAAAUUACGAUAGCGAUGAGGAUCUAGAUAUAGAAAGGGACCGAGAAGAAAUAAUUCUCAUAGAGCAUAGCGUAUCCACGGAGCUGAAUUUAGUCGGCUUGCAAGUGUGGAGAGGUGCUCUCUUGCUGGCCGACUAUAUUCUAUCGUAUCCAGAUUUAUUCAAGGACCAAACAAUUCUGGAAUUGGGCUCCGGAGUCGGGCUGACCGGCAUUGUGGCAAGCUACUUGGCUAAAGAAGUCAUUUGUACAGAUAUUAGCGUGGGUGGCAUAUUGAAUCUAAUUGAGCGGAAUUUUCUGAGGAAUCACACAUACAUUAAGUCCGGUUAUCACGUCGAGGAGGUAAACUUUUUGAACUUGGAGUGGUCGAAAAAGUUGGAGAAGAGAUUACAAGGCGCAAACGUCAUACUGGCUGCGGAUGUAAUUUACGAUGAGAAAAUCACGGAUGGAUUCGUCCGCACAUUGUCGAAACUUCUGUGUACGAAAAAGAGGAAAAUCGUUUACGUCGCGCUGGAGAAGCGAUACGUCUUCACCAUCGCCGAUCUGGACACCACCGCUCCGAUGUACGAGGAAUUUCUACGCUGCAUCGAAAAGUAUAGAAGUACAAAUUGGUCUGUAGAUUAUAUAAACAUAGACUUUCCACGCUACUUCAGAUAUGAUAGAGUCAAACAUUUGGUUUUAAUGAAAAUACAAAACAAUAUGAAGUCUAUUGCGUAUGCAUAGUGAACAGUUCACAUACUUAAUAACGUACGCUAAUAACACACUACAAUAAUACAUAAUAUAUUACAUGGAAUAUUCACGGCGAAAUAUUACGGGGACAGCUUAAAAUUGCCGAAUCAACAAAUUAGGAUCUUCGUAGAGAUGUUGUAUUUGUGUAACGAAACAUCAUUGUUAUUGAGUUAGUCAAAAAUGACGGCGGUCUGUUAAAAAACAAAUCGCUUCUUGAGCGUCUUACAGCGAUACAUAUAUAUGUAAAACAAUAAAAAAAUUUAGCGUGAUUUA